GGCUGAGCCGGGCCCCGCUCGGGCGGGGAGGAGCCGGCGGCGGGAAGUGAGCUCAGGCGCACAGGAAAUCCCGCCCGCGCCGCGGCCUGUGUUUGCGCUGCGGGCAGAGAAAGGAGCCGAGCCCCGCAGCGGCCCAGCCGAGCCCGCCGCCCGCCCCGCGCCUAGCCAUGUCGGACCAGGAAGCAAAGCCUUCAGCUGAGGACUUAGGAGAUAAGAAAGAGGGGGAAUACAUUAAACUCAAAGUCAUUGGGCAGGACAGCAGUGAAAUUCACUUCAAGGUGAAAAUGACAACACACCUCAAGAAACUCAAAGAAUCAUACUGUCAAAGACAGGGUGUUCCAAUGAAUUCACUCAGGUUUCUCUUCGAGGGUCAGAGAAUUACUGAUAAUCAUACCCCCAAGGAGCUGGGGAUGGAGGAGGAAGAUGUGAUUGAAGUUUAUCAGGAACAGACGGGGGGUCACUCAACAGUUUAGAUCCUUCUGUUUGUUUUAUUUCCCCUUAAUCCUUUUUUAUUUUUAAAUAAUAGUUCUUUUGUAAUGUGGUGUUCAACACUGAAUUGAAACUGGCACCCCAUCUCUGGGAGUUUAUUUUCAAGCGUCUGGUAUUUUAAAUUCUCGUGCUCAUUAUACACUAUUGUUUCUGUUUUCAUUGUGCUGAACUUCUGUGAUCCAGCUGCAGCCCUGCUCUCCUUUUCCCUUCCACCCUCCCCUUUAGAAAUACAUGUACACACAUGCAUUUGUAUGUUCACUAGGUUCGUGCAUUUCAGGCACGAAGGUUGUAAGAUCUGCCAGGUGGGCGAGUGUUCUUAAUGACUUCCAUAUCUGCCCUGAAGUUUUGAUGUGUGACUGUUUCACUCCUGGACUAUAACUUUCAGUGCGAGAUGAAGUUUUUCAGAACUAAACUGUGGAGAAAUCGUGUAUCCAUAACUCAGCUAUUUUGCUUAAAUUGUGCUGAUGGCCCAACGAAGAAGAUCGGAGUUGGAAAUGAAAAAGCUAGAACCGUUGUCAUCUGUACCUUGCUCCAGAGAUGGCUUUGCUGAAGACAUAGAAUUGAAAACCCUAAUGAUUCUUAAAUCUUGCCAGAAGAGCCCAGAAGCAUUUUAACUUCAUAUAGCAAUUAGUACACGCAGGUAUUCAUGCAAGAAUGUUCACAGCAGGCAACUGGUGUUACUUUGACACUCUUGUUUGUACCUUUUGGCCUGGGACAUGGGUUUUGAAUGGACAUUGUCUGUACCAGCUUCAUUUAAAAUAAACAAGAAAAACGAUUUUAUAAACAA